GCUGAUUAUGUCAUCCGUGAAGCGCCCAAGCUGAACUAUCUUCUGGUAACAAGUGUCCACCUCCCUUUUGCAAAUUGACUAUGCUUGUCUCUGUUGCAUCCAAAUCGGCACUUUAAACAUCGCUCGCUUUCCUUGCUCUUGCCCGGUGCUUCCCCUUCUUGCCCUGCGCCAAUAUCCUGUAUGAAGCGGACCUUAUCCACGCUAUUCGGAAUUCGGUUGAUAUCGUAGCUCAGGUCAAUUCGGAAUACCUGCAUCUCGAUGACCCUAAUCGUUGUCAGAAAGUCACGCACCUUAUUCAUGCCCUCAUCCAUGCGUGACGUGGACUUGGAUAUAAAGCAAUCUCGUAGCUCAUGUUUCACCAGAAGCUAUCUCUCACAUGUCAGUUACACGGCGUGCCAUCCUUCGAACCUUCGCACCAGCUACUCAUCUGAGCGUUUCAGUCAAUUCUCUACUCCCUGCUGCUUUGUGUUUGAACUCUGUGAAACUUAGCUCUACAUCAUCCACUGCCCUUUGCAUUACCCCUGUCCGUUCAAUGGCUUCAACUGCUGUCUCUAACCAACAAUCCAACCCCGAACCUGUUGCUGCCGCUCAACCAUGGAGGUGCCAUUUCGAAUCGGAUGAAACCACUCCAAGAGUGUAUGCGUUCUUUGAGAAGGCUACGUCCACAUGGCAGUAUAUUGUGGCUGACUCCAAGACGUCUGAAGCCGUCAUAAUCGACUCUGUCCUUGACUAUGAUCCCGCUUCUGGGGUUGUGUCGACGACAACAGCGGAUGGUUCACUUGGUUUUAUCCGACAGAACAAUCUCCAUGUCACCAGAAUCUUGGAGACUCACGCACAUGCUGAUCACCUCACUGCCGCUCAAUAUCUCAAGCAGCAGCUCGGAGGGAUUGUUCCAGUCUGCAUCGGAUCUCGGAUCACUCAAGUGCAGCAGACGUUCGCGCCUGUCUACGGCUAUGACAGUCCUCAGUUCUUCGACCACACUUUCGACGUUUACUUGAAGGAUGACGAAAUCAUCAAACUUGGUGACUUCCAGGGUCAAGUCAUACACCUGCCAGGACAUACCCCUGACCAUGUAGGAUAUGUAUUUGGCAAGGCUAUCUUCACGGGAGACUCCAUAUUCAACCCGGAUGUUGGCUCAGCACGAGUAGACUUUCCUGGUGGUAACGCACGUGCCUUAUAUGCGUCUAUGCAGCGCCUUCUUUCCUAUCCUCCCCACUUCCGUCUCUUCGCGGGUCACGAUUACCCUUCCGGUCGGGAUCAGAAUUGUAGCGCCACAGUCGCUGAGCAACGCGAGAAGAAUAUUCACUGCAAGGUUGGCAUACCGUCUGAUGCCUUCAUUGAUUGGCGUAAGGUUCGAGAUGCCCAGUUGGGUGCUCCGAGACUCUUGCACCCGUCUUUGCAGGUGAACAUUCGUGCUGGGAAAUUACCCCCUGCUGAUGAGAAGGGGAGGGUAUUGCUCAAAACCCCCGUAAAGACGAAUAUAAAGCUGUAAGGUCAUAUGCAUGGAAAUCAUCAUGUUUCUUUUACUCCGCGUUCCAUUACUUGUGUAUAGUAUUGUAAUCUGUUUGUCUAGUUUGUUCACGUUCCUUCCUAAAAAUUCUACUGUCUGCGUCUUGUCGUCACAGUGCCAACUCCUCAC